UAUUUCAGUAUUUCUACAGAAAAACAAAAUGUCUUUUGAAGUAAUCUACAGAAGAACCAAUGAAAAACAAGAUGGCUAUACCAGGCGGUCAGUUUCAUCAGAAAUUAUCAACCAGUACAACAUAAAAGACAGUCCCAGUUCCUCUAGCUCAAUGUCGGCCAUUCUUACCUCUGAUCACGUGACCAAUGAGGAACUGAAUAUGUACAGACAGUGGGCAUUUAUUUGCGAAUGCAUAAUUAGACAUGUCCACAAUGUAGACACCAUUGUAACCGGAAGCAGAAUUGACUGCUCUGCAUCAUCAGGAAGUGAUGAAGACCAAAUGUUACAAGUCAAAGACACAGAAGUAGUCACCUCAGUAGACUGUGACGUCAGCAUGGCGGGAAAUGUGCUCAUUAUGAACACAAACAAUUGUCCACCAGGAUUUACUUUAUUGAAUCCUUAUAAACUUUCUCGGAAUGAGAUUAGGCAUGAAACUAGAUCAUGUGUAGAAGCCUGCAUCCAAUCAAACGAUGUUCUUUAUUUGUCAAGUGAGACUUACAUCAAAUACGUUAUGAAUAUGAUAGCAGGAAUGGAUAAGUAUUCUCCACCUUCCUUCCACGCCGGGGAUUCACUGCGUCACGGUCCAUGUGUCAUGCUGAGUUACUCCAAAUAUGAAAAGGAUUCAGACAUUGGUAUUGGUUUGAAAUGUUCCUCAUGGCCCAAGGAUUCAUUGGAGUGGAUAUCCAGAAAAAGAAAAUCUAACUGGCCUAACCAACUGCUCAUCAACAAAAUCAAAGGUAUGCCCUGUCAUGCUUUACCGGUGGGUUGUGUUCAGUCCGAGAAGUGCCAUUUAGAAUGGCGGUUUGCUUUCAUCUUGCCAGAGCGAGAGCUUAUCUGGAAUUUCAGCGAUGUCCAAAUUCAGUGCUAUGUUAUUUUCAAAACACUGAAGAAAGAGAUUCUAGAUAAAAUUAUUUCUGAUGAAAUAAAUUCGUUUCAUUUGAAAACCAUUGUUUUUUGGAUGUCUGAAGAAAUCCCUGACUGGGAUCCAUCAAAUUUAACAAACUGCGUGAAAGCUUGCUUGUCUUUUUUGAUCAAAUGUAUCCAGCAGAGGCAUUUGUCACAUUAUUUUCUGAGAUCUCGAAAUCUCUUCAUGGGCAAACUAGAGGAUGAAAUGGUGAGGGACCGUCUCAUCUCGGAAAUUGAACUAAUACGAGAGAAUAUCAUUGACUAUUUUAUUAACUGUGAAUGGUGGUAUAAAAGUGGUAGUGAAUAUCUAUUAUCACUGCGGUUGUUUGCACAAGAAGCACCAAAGGUGGACUUUCUUGCAGCCUGCAAAGCUAUUAUGGAAACUGGGAACAGGAAAUUGCGACGUAACAAAUAUACCCAUGCCCGAUGUCUCAGUAUGGAGGUUACAGUAGGAAUUAUGUUUUUGCAGACGACUGUGGAAAGUUUACUGAAGGUUGCUGAAGAAGUGGAUGAACAGCUGAAGACAUUGAUGGGUGAUUUUGCUUUAAAGUUCUUAUCCAUUCGUGUUGGAAUGCUCUUUCUUGUGGACGCUAAGAACACCGUGGAUCUAGAAAUGCGACGUAAGCUCAUCUCUGAGUCAAAGCGGUGCUUGGAGGCAGGAUUACAACACGAUGUUCUUGCAGCAACCAUGUAUUUAUUAACGUAUCACUAUCAAGCAAGGAACUAUAGUGUUAUUCAAAAAUUUCUCAAAGACAUCUUUGGCAGACGUGCAGCUAUUCCAUACAAAGGAACGCCUGGAUUAUUUAUUUGCGGGAAACGUUCAUUGCUUUCACCGGAUAUGGAUGAAACUGUAACAGUAGAAGACAUGGCAAAUGAAAACGAUGUUGCUUUUGAUUUUAUUUUCAGUUGCUCUGAUAUAUCUUGUGUGCCCCCUGCUUUACAAUACGAAUGUGCUCUUUUGGAAGGGAGAUCCAAUUGGUGCUUUUGUUCAGUUAAUCCACUUGUGUAUGUCUGUUAUGUGCAGUUUCAGGUUGCAUUCAACUUAAGAGAUACAGAACAAUUAUCUCUAGCAAUUGAACAUUUAAAGUCGAUGGUGUUAUAUGUUGAAAAUGGGGAAGAGUGUUCGAGUGGAAUGCCUGUAGAACUACAUCGGCAUUACAAUAUCAUGGGAUAUUGUUACCGUAUCAUCAAUGAUGUACAAAAUGCCAUUAAAUGGUUUAUGAAGUCUCUGGAAGCCUGUCCAACCAAUGGGAAUGCAGCGGCCUAUCACUUAUGUAUCGCUCUCUACGAUCUAUUUUUAUCAGUACUCUAAGCUCUGGAAUGCUUCACUGACGUUGUGAAAUUUCUUGACAGGAAACCUUUCAUUUUAGCCAAAUCGGGAAAUCAGAAUAUAUUGUACCAGU